CUCCCUAGUGCUCUGAACUCAUCCUCAGACUGGUAGAAUCUAUAAUGCCCACUCUGUCGUAUACACUUAAGAUGUUUGCCGCAGCUUUGGCUUCAGUCAGUGUUGUAUCGCUCGCUGCGCUGUACCGUUUCCAGCUGAAGUUGAUCUAUCCAAACACGCUGAACGAUGCCCGGUUGAAGACGGACACGCCGGAUGAAUAUGACAUGCCAUACGAGAAUAUGUUCCUGGAGACCCCGGAUGGAGAGAAGAUCCACACGUUCCUACUGCUACACGACAGAACACUGCCUGGUUAUAAGAACAAGACCAUCAUUGUCCUGUGUCCUAAUGCCGGGAACAUUGGAAACUCCCUUCCAAUAGUACAGCUCCUCUACAAGGAAAUGGGCUAUAAUGUCCUGAUCUUCUCCUACAGAGGCUAUGGCGAGUCUACUGGAACUUCCACUGAGGAUGGAAUAAAGACUGAUGCUGAUACCGUCAUGAAAUUUGUCAUGGAACAUGAUCAGUUGAGCAACUCUUCCGUUGUUCUGUAUGGAAGAUCACUAGGUGGUGCUGUGGCCAUCUACAUCGCCUCCAAGAACUAUGUUCCAGUGAAGGCCGUCGUGCUAGAGAAUACAUUCUUGAGUAUACGCAAGGCGAUUCCUCAUAUCUUCCCCUUCUUGAGGAAUUUUACAUUUCUUUGUCACCAGGUAUGGGACUCGGAGCACGACAUCUUGAAAGUAUCUCCAGAGGUUGAGAUGAUCUUUCUAUGCGCAGAGAAGGACGAGAUCGUGCCUCCAGACCACAUGGCGAGACUCUACGAACUUUCACCUGCUACAGUUAAAUCUCGCACGGUGUUUGACGGAGCUCACCAUAACGAUACAGUUGUAUAUCCUUCGUACUGGAACAUUGUUCAUGAUUUCAUAAAGAGUAUCCCACCAGUCGAGCACUAACAGCCACCGGGACAGCAGCUCAUUCCUUCGUCGAACAUCCAUGAUUUGAAGCAUCCAAAAUGACCAUUGUGUCCACAUUUCAGCCUGAAGAUGUUAAGUCCCUUCAAUGGCUCGUUACAAUAGAUACACUUACUUCUGCAUCCACAUUGCUCGCAGAACCACGCACCAAAGUUCACCUGAUCGUCCUUCAGAUAUUUCUCUUUAGUCUUUUCAUUGACAACCAAGACACCACAUUUAGAACAGAAACGCCGUACCGUUGUUGAAUUAGAUGACAUUUGUUUGAACUCAUCGUACUCUGUGAUCUGUAGGAUGUUAGCCAAUGGUACCCAAAACGUCAUCCUUUGUAAGAAUUGUAAAUAUUCAAAUAGGCUAUUCUUCAUCAUCACUUCUGGAAGAAUCUUGUAUCUAUCGUUAAAGAGAAGUAACAGAGUACAAC